AUGGCGCCAGCUCUGGGCGAGGUCUGUCACCAAUGCGUCGGCAUUGUGGCAGAUAUCCCUCUUCGGAUGUUACUUGUUGCUGUGCUGUCAACUCUGCUAGGGCUAUUUGUCCUGUUCAUUAUAUUCAUAAGAUCCGUCGCCCCAGUACCACGAGAACCGCGCCCAGAAGAAAAGAAGUAUAGAACCCUCUCCCAAGAUGGAGCCGUCACAGAACCACAACCCCUACCGUGCUGGCUCGACACCCUAAACGCCAGAAAGCGCGACCAUAAACCAGCGCAAUCCCCCACAAUCGAACAAGCCUCGCUCUUCAUGUCCGUCGUCGUCCCCGCCUACAACGAAGAGGACCGCUUAGUCGGCAUGCUGGAAGAAGCCGUCAACUACCUCGAACGCAUGUACGGAACAGCGACCGCCAUCCCCACCAAAACAAUCAACACCCGCUCAAUGCGAAACCGUAAACCGGACACAGAUGCGACGAACGGCGACAUCGCAGCAACGCCAGACCGCGGCUGGGAAAUCAUAAUCGUCUCCGAUGGCUCAACAGACCGCACCGAGGAAGUCGCGUUCCGAUUCGCGCGCGACCACCAGCUCUCCCUGCACCCCAAGGGCCACGCGGGCCCGUGGACGCCGCAGGCUGCCGAGGGCGUGCAUAUCCCGCCUGGCACGAUCCGCGUCGUCAGCUUGACUCGUAACCGUGGCAAGGGCGGAGCGGUGACGCACGGGAUGCGCCAUGUUCGCGGGCAGUAUGUUGUUUUUGCGGAUGCGGAUGGGGCGAGCAAGUUCGAUGAUUUGGGGAAGCUUGUUGGGGCUUGUCGGGAUGUGGAGGAUGCGAAGGGGAGGGGUGUUGCUGUUGGAUCGCGGGCGCAUAUGGUUGGGAGCGAGGCUGUGGUGAAGCGCUCUAAACUUCGCAAUUUCCUAAUGCACUCGUUCCAUUUGAUUCUGUGGCUCAUGACUCCCCCUAAGACGGCGACUGUUAAGGACACGCAGUGCGGGUUCAAGCUGUUCUCGCGCGGCGCAUUGCCUUAUAUUGUCCCAUAUAUGCAUUCCGAGGGCUGGAUCUUCGAUGUUGAGAUGCUCAUGUUGGCUGAGUUUGCUCGGAUUCCGGUUGCCGAGGUGCCGGUUGGAUGGAGGGAGGUCAAGGGGAGUAAACUGAAUGUUUUGCGAGAUAGCAUUGGCAUGGCCUGGGGUCUGGCUGUUCUACGGGCAGCUUGGUCUUUGGGAGUGUAUAGACAGCGAUGA